UCAAAGGGCACAUAUGUAAUGUAGUUCCCUUUCGGACCUGCAGCCAAUCAGGAAAGGUUUCGCUCCGCUGACACUCAGGUUGCCUCGGACUUUUCCUCCGCCAUAUGACUGAUAUACUCUUCGUCUGAACAACUUCAGGACGAUCUGCGUCCAGUCUGUAGUCAGUUCAGCUUCCUAACUGCAGGCAGCUAUGCCUUUAGCAAAGAGGCUGUAUGUAUUCCUUGUAUUUGUCGUGGCUGCGACCUUCGCCUCUGCUGACAAGAUGACAGCAGCCACAGUGUACUGGGACCCCCAACACAAGAUCAUCCAGCUGAAGGAGGGGGUGCUGGAGACAGAGGGGGAUGCAUACGGGUAUCUAAAUGAUACCCUGUCCAGUACAGGCUGGAGCGUCCUAGAGAUCCGUGCCGGGUACGGGAAGUCUCCUGAAACUGAUGAGGUGACUUUCUUCCUGGCCGGCUACCUCGAAGGCUUCCUCACUGCCCAGCAGAUGAUGGACCACUACGCCAACAUGUAUCCGCAGCUGAUCCACGACCCAAAGAUCCUCGGCCCGGUUCAGAAUUUCAUGGCGAAGCAGGACUCGUGGACCAGAGAGCAGGUGAAACUGAACAAGAGCUCUGAUCCUCUGUGGAAACACGCAGGUUUUAUAAUGGCUCAGAUGGAUGGACUGCAAGCAGGAGUCGCAGAAUGGGCCAAGAAACAAGGGAAAAAGCCGCUGUCCCUGUUUGCCGUCCAGUUCCUGAAUGCAGUGGGGGACCUGCUGGAUCUGAUCCCGGCCUUGGUCCCCUCCUCAAACCCUCCGCCCAGAAACUUCAAACUUCCAGGGAUGGGACACUGCUCUGCUCUCAUCAAGAUGUUGCCUGGCUUUGAGAAUCUCCUGUUUGCCCACUCCAGCUGGUACACUUACGCCGCCACAAUGCGGAUCUACAAACACUGGGAUUUCCACAUCACUGAGCCCCACACGGCCACUGGGAAACUGUCCUUCAGCAGCUACCCUGGUUUCCUUGUGUCUCUGGAUGACUUCUACCUCCUGGGCAGUGGUCUGAUGAUGACCCAGACCACCAACAAUGUCUUCAACUCCUCCCUGUUUGACACAAUCACUCCCAACAGCCUGCUGGCGUGGCAGAGGGUUAGGCUGGCUCACAGUUUGGCACAUACCGGAGAAGAGUGGGCCAAAACCUUCACCAUGCACAACUCUGGUACCUACAACAACCAGUACAUGGUGUUGGACAGGAGCAAAGUGAAGCUGGGCCACAGUGUUGAUGAAGGCGCUCUGACUGUGGUGGAGCAGAUCCCCGGCCUGGUGGUGUACUCUGACCAGACACAGGCUCUGCGAGCAGGUUACUGGCCGUCCUACAACGUUCCCUUCCACCCGGAGAUCUACACGCUGAGUGGUUAUGGAGAAAUGUGGGAGGAGUAUGGAGAAGACUUCUCGUACGACCUCUGUUCCAGAGCCAAGAUCUUCCGCCGUGACCAGGCCGAUGUCAAGGACCUGGACUCUUUGAAGCACAUCAUGAGGUCUAAUGACUACAAGAAGGAUCCAUACUCCAAGGGGGACCCCUGCAAGACCAUCUGUUGCCGUGGUGACCUGAGGGCAGUAAAGCCUACCCCAGGAGGUUGCUAUGACACUAAGGUCACAGAUUUCCACAUUGCUGGGGACUUUGUUGCUGAGGCGGUGAACGGGCCAACGACACAGGACGGACUCCCGCCGUUCAUUUGGGAUAAAUUCAGCAGCAUCAGCCACCAGGGUCUACCGCAGUUCUACAACUUUACCUUUGUCAGAAUGCAGCCUCUUCUCUUCGAGCCAUGAGAUCUUAAACUCCAUGUCCAUGAAGGUUUCAUCUGGGUAGGAGAUCCUGUCAUUCAGAAUGUCCUGGGGGGAACAGAGAAAGUUCAUAUUUUAUUAUUUUAUUUUGUGUGUGUGUGUGUGUGUGUGUGUGUGUGUGUGUGUGUGUGUGUGUGUGUGUGUGUUUGUGAAUGAUGAGAGUUCACACAUCUGUUUACACACUGAUUAUUUGUGUAUUAAUUAUUGUUUAAAGUUGCGUCCCACAAACAAAUCCUUUCUUUUUUAAGCUUUUAACAUUUUUAGUAACAGUAUUUCCUUCCAACUGAUAAAAUGCAAAAUGUCAAACUGACAGUAAGAUUUUCAAUUAGUAUUUAUAUUGUCUCACAAUACAAAUCACUAGUGUUUUUAAUACGUGCAGCCAUGUGUGCCUUCAACACUGAGAGUAACUUGAUGAUUUUAAAAAUGCAAAAUCAAUGCACUAACUCAGGGGUCAUCAGUAAUUAUUCUUUUAAAUGCUUAAAUGUCUUCAUACAUGCAAACACUAUCAUUUCUGUGGUAAAUGAAACAAUCAAUGCAACACAGUGCAUUGCUUCUCUAGUGCUGUGAUUUAUGUACAUCUUGUUGUAUGCAACAUGAAAAAAUCUCAGGUUUCUAUGUUUGUAUAAGCCUGUGUUUCUUAUGUAGUAUGAUGUGUAACACUGCACAUAUGUAUCAUGCCAACAUUGUAUGUGUUGAUUGUGUAUUAAACUGUUACAACUGUA